AUGAUGAAGAACGGUCUGCUAAUCAUAGUAUGCAUUUUCUUGGCUAUAGGAACAUGUGGAGGUCCUUUGUUAACUCGUCUCUACUACACCAAAGGCGGAUCACGAAUCUGGUUCAUGAGCUUUCUUGCAACCGCAGGGUGUCCAAUCAUACUCAUCCCUCUCUAUGUCUCCUUCCUCCGCCGCAGCAACCGCAACCACAACAACUCCGAAACCGCAGAAAAAGCUAAGGUUUUCGUCAUGGAAACUCCUCUCUUCAUCGCAUCCAUCUUUAUCGGGUUGCUCAUUGGACUUGACAACUACUUAUACGCAUAUGGUUUAGCUUACCUGCCCGUUUCCACAUCAUCACUCAUUGUGGGAACUCAGUUAGCGUUCAAUGCGAUCUUUUCUUUCUUGAUGGUCAAGCAAAAGUUCACUCCGUUCUCUAUAAACGCCGUCGUUUUGUUGACGGUCGGUACAGGAGUCCUGGCCUUGCAUACCGACGGAGACAGGCCGGCUGACGUCAGCAAGAAGGAGUAUGUGGUUGGGUUCUUGUUGACUUUGAUUGCAGCUGUUCUCUACGCUUUUUUAAUGCCGCUCGUUGAGCUUACUUACAAGAAAGUUCGACAAGAAAUCACUUUCACACUUGUGCUCGAGAUGCAGAUGGUCAUGUGCUUCGCUUCUACUUGCUUCUGUCUCGUUGGGAUGGUUGUAAAAGGCGACUUCAAGGCUAUACCAAGAGAAGCAAGAGAGUUCAUGAUCGGAAGCUCCUUGUUUUACUACACGUUGAUUGUGGUCAUAGGGAUAGUAUGGCAAUGCUUCUUCUUAGGAGCCUUAGGGGUUGUGUAUUGUGCGUCGUCUCUAGCUUCUGGUGUUUUCGUCAGUGUUCUUCUUCCGGUGACGGAAGUUUUGGCCGUCGUAUGUUUCCGAGAGAAGUUUAAGGCGGAGAAAGGUGUUGCCCUCCUUCUCUCUCUUUGGGGAUUUGUCUCUUACUUCUACGGUGAGUUUAAAUCCGGUAAGAAAGUUAUCGAUAGUCCUCAGUCUCCAGGAACAGAACUGCCUCCACUUCCAGUUAGUGGCUCUGAUGUUGCUUGAAGGUAGUGUACUUUUCUGUUGCUCUUUAUUUUCUGUUAUGUGUGAUUGUGUGUAUCUUUUUGGUGUGUGAAUAUGUUACUGUUCUUCUUGUGGACAGUAGCUGCCCUGAUACCAAGCGGUGGAAGCUUGAGCUUCCGGCCGACAAUAAAUACAUAAUUUAUCGGCCUUCGUUUGAACAGUAAUUGUCUAUAGCAUAAUGGUUAAGCCGUUAGGUUGAGCCUUAGAGGUAACGUCUUCGAAGCCUACAUCCUUCAAAUGCAAUUAAAAUUUUUUCAUUCAUAUUUAUAAGCGGUUUUUAUUUUCUGUUAGGCUUCCAGCCUUCGAAUUCAUCGGGCCGGCACUGCUUGUGGAUAACAAAACCAAUAAUUGUAUACGCAAGUGUAAAUGUGAAAAUAUUUGAUAAAUGAAAUAAAUUAAAACAUAAGUAGUAAGAUAGAAUUUCUAGAGAGAUGAUUACAAUAUAAAGAUAAAGGAAAUCUAAGUGAUGAAAGGUCUAUGAUUACAUAUAACUAAAACAA